ACUCUCCAAAGCCCAAAUCCAAAUCCAAAUCUAAAGCUGAGGACUGAGAUUUCACACUCGCACACUCGUUCCCAUACUAUGUCCUCUUUAUCACUUCUCUUUUUCCUAGGGUUUUAGGGUUAGGGUUUCAUUUACCAAUCUCUUUCUCUUCUCUUUUUCUCUCUGCCCUUCUUUCCCUUCCCAAAUAGCCAUGGAUAGGUACCAGAAGGUUGAAAAGCCGAAGCCUGAAUCCCCCAUCAAUGAGAAUGAGAUCCGAAUCACCACACAAGGCGCCAUCAGGAACUACAUCACCUAUGCUUCCUCUCUUCUUCAGGAAAAACAUGCAAGAGAGAUUGUCUUGAAGGCUAUGGGACAAGCAAUCAGCAAGACAGUUGCCAUUGCAGAGAUUUUAAAGAAGAGGAUUUCUCAGCUGCACCAAGAUACUGCCAUCAGCUCGGUCAGCAUAACAGAUGUGUGGGAACCGAUUGAAGAGGGUCUUGUACCUGUUGAAAUGACUCGUCAUGUCUCUAUGAUCUCAAUCACCUUAUCAACUAGAGAAUUAAACAAAAACUCUCCAGGGUAUCAAGCUCCACUUAAUGUGGAACAACCAAAACCACAAUUCAAUUAUCAACAGCAACUGGUAAAGCAAGCACCUGCUCCGUAUAAUGCUGUAAAUGAAGACUCUUAUGGCCGCGGUCGAGGUCGAGGACGGGGACGGGGGAGAGGCAGAGGAAGGAAUUGGGGGAGGGGUGGUUAUGGUUAUCAAGGUGGUUAUGGAAAUUAUCAAGGUGGAUAUGGUUAUUACCAGGGUGGGUAUUAUCAAGAUAAUGGUGGGUAUUCAAAUCGAGGCCGAGGAGGUGGGCGAGGCAGAGGUUGGGGGUAUCGUACAGGUUAUGAUGGUGGUAGAGGUGGAGGCGCAGGUUAUGAAGGGGGAAGAGGUGGUGGUGCAGGGUAUGAGGGUGGAAGAGGCGGAGGUGCAGGUUAUGAUGGAGUCAGAGCUGGUGGUUAUGAAAGGGGCAGAGGUGGAAAUAGGGGUUAUGGCCGUGGUAGGGGACGUAUUGGAGGACGUACAAGGGGUGGUGGUGGCGGCAACCAGGUGUGAUAGCAAUGGAUAAUUUAUGUCGUUCUUGCUAAAUGCUUGCCUUGACCAUUGAGGAGAAUUAUUAAGCAGUAUUUUAUGUUUUUAUAUCAUGAAACUGGAAUGGGCAAGGUUUUGUUCAUCUUUUUACAUUUAGCCGGAAAGCAUUUUGGUUUUAUAUGAUUGCUGUAAUUCAUUUCAACUUUUUACGGUUGCUAACACCAUAUUUUUAUCUGUA